GAUAAAGGGCGGGGCCUGGGAGGCCGCGUGACCGGCUCAGGAAUCAAGUGACCUGGCUGGCCCGGCCUCCCAAGAUGGCGGUUUGCGUGGCAGUGAUCGCUAAGGAGAAUUACCCUCUUUACAUCCGCAGUGUCCCCACGGAGAACGAGCUGAAGUUCCACUACAUGGUGCACACAUCCCUGGACGUGGUGGAUGAGAAGAUCUCUGCAAUGGGGAAGGCCCUGGUGGACCAGAGAGAGCUCUACCUGGGCCUCCUGUACCCCACAGAGGACUACAAGGUAUAUGGUUACGUGACCAACUCCAAGGUAAAGUUUGUUAUGGUGGUGGAUUCUUCCAACCCAGCACUUCGAGACAAUGAAAUCCGCAGUAUGUUCCGGAAGCUGCACAACUCCUACACAGAUGUGAUGUGUAACCCUUUCUACAACCCAGGGGACCGCAUCCAGUCCAGGGCCUUUGACAGCAUGGUGACAUCUAUGAUGAUCCAGGUCUGCUGAGUGAGAACAUUGCUGCCCUCUGGUUGAAGAGAAAUGUUUUGUAUAUAACCAUGUUGUGUAGAUGUGUAUUUAUUCUCAUUUUCCUCUUCCUGAGUGUCACAGAUGCUCCAAAUGUGCCAAUGGGGGCAAGGCCCGAUGCGGCACAUGUCAACUAAAUGGUUUGUGACAUCA